AUGUGGAUGUUUAUUGCAAUCCUGCUUUUGAUACGAGCACCUGUGAACUCCAAGGAUAUCAUCGGGAAGGAAAAGGAAGUAAAUCCAGAGACAUUCAUGAAUACUAGUCAAAUGAUCUGCUACCAAGGGUACCCGUGCGAGGAAUAUGAAGUUCUGACUCGUGAUGGUUAUUACUUGGCACUGAGCAGAAUCCUUCAUGGGAGAGAAGAUCCUAGGAACAAAGGCCCCAAGCCAGCUGUGUUUCUUCAGCACGGAUUUCUUGUAGAAAGCAGCAACUGGGUGGAAAAUCUGGCUAAAAACAGCCUCGGCUUCAUCCUAGCAGACUCUGGCUAUGACGUCUGGCUAGGAAACAAUCGUGGGACCACCAACUCCCGGAGACACAAGCACCUUUCAGUUGACCAGGAAGAAUUCUGGGAUUUCAGUUUCCAUGAAAUGGCUAUGCAUGACCUCCCAGCAAUGAUCAACUUUGUUCUGUGGAAGACUGGACAGAAGCAAAUAUAUUACAUCGGCCAUUCCCAGGGCUCCUCUAUAGCAUUCAUAGCAUUUUCGUCCAUGCCAGAACUGGCUCAGAAAAUCAGGAUAUUUUUUGCUCUUGCUCCUGUAACAGUAAUUAAGCACGCCAAAAGUCCUGUCACGAAAAUACCAUUCCUCCUUGACAGCCAGUGCAGGACACUUAAGUUUUUUCUUGGCAAAACAGAUGCCUCCUUGAGAAUAAAAAAGUUGCAGAAAAUGCUACCUGAACUGUGCCGCCACUCAUUCUUUCACAAGUUCUGCGCUAGCCUGUUUUUCCUUGUGGGUGGCUGCAAUGAGAAGAAUUUCAAUAUGAGCCGAUUGGAUGUGUAUACAGCCCACUUUCCUGAUGGGACAUCUGUUAAAAAUAUGAUACACUGGGCUCAGGGGGUUAAAUCAGGAAGCUUCAGAGCUUUCGACUACGGCAGUGGUAACCAAGCCAUGUACCACCAGGAGACACCUCCCCCCUACAAGAUUGAGGAGAUGCCUGUGCCGACUGCAGUGUGGUCAGGGGGCGAGGACUGGUUAGCCGACUGGAGGGAUGUCAGCCUUCUCCUGCCCCGCAUCGCCAACCUUGUUUACUACAGGAACAUCGCUGACUGGAACCAUUGGGAUUUCAUCUGGGGCAUGGAUGCUCCUAAGCGCCUCUACCACGAAAUUAUUGAGCUGAUGGAAUUGUUCUAG